CAUUCGUCAACGACACAGUUUCCCUGUUCGAUUUUCCCGUUCAUUCUGUGUGUGUAUAUCCAACGAUGAAAGGUACUCGCUGUCAUUUGCAUUCGAAGUAGCGCUCUAUUUGGUUGAAUGCCGGAAAACUGAGAUUUGAGUUUUUUCCGGAGAAAAACCGAAAAAAUGAAUAUUAAUGGUGCCCUUGAUACUAAGACGGACUGUGCCAACGGAAAAUUGCUUAAUCCUUUUGUGCAUCACUUAGAGUUGGAUACUACUUACGAGAAAAUCAAAACAGCACUGCUCACCAUCAUCCUCCUGCCUAUAAGAGUAGUCGUCAUAUGUUGUUUUCUGGUAGCUGGUUGGUUAGUUGCCACUGCAGGACUAUGGGGACUAUCAGAAGAAGAAUUAAUGGAAAAACCUUUGACAGGAUGGAGAAGCCACCUGAAAGUGUUGCUGGCUCACCUGAUUCGUAUUAUAUUCAUUAUUGGCGGUUUUCGACUCAAAAUAAUAGGGGACCUAUUCAAAAGGGAGGUAGCCCCUGUGAUAGCUCUAGCUCCCCAUUCGUCAUUCGUGGAUAGCUUGGCUAUAGUCUAUAUGGGCGGACCAUCCAUUGUGGCCAAAGGAGAAACAGGCAAUAUUCCGUUAUUUGGAAAACUCAUCAAUUUCACCCAGCCAAUUUAUGUGUUCCGAGAUGACCCGAACUCUAGACACAAUACCAUCAAAGAGAUCAUAAAGAGAGCGACUUCCAAAAUGGAUUGGCCACAAAUACUGAUCUUUCCUGAAGGCACCUGUACAAAUAGAUCGUGUCUGAUUACCUUCAAACCUGGUGCAUUUUAUCCCGGUGUUCCUGUACAACCUGUGUGCAUCAGGUAUCCCAAUAAAAUAGACACGGUUACGUGGACUUGGGAUGGACCAGGGGCCUUGAAACUACUUUGGCUGACGCUGACAAGACCUUAUAGCUAUUGCGAAAUAGAGUUUUUACCAGUAUAUACCCCUAAUGAAGAAGAGAGGAGAGAUCCUAAAUUAUAUGCUAAUAAUGUACGGAAAGUCAUGGCCAAAGCAUUAGGUAUACCAGUCUCGGAUUAUACUUACGACGAUUGUAAAUUACUGACCAAGGCUAAAGAGAUGAACCUUCCCCAUGCGACUUCCAUAGUGGAUCUUCAAAAGUUGAGACAUAGUUUAGGAAUGGCCAGUACAUCUCAAGAGGAGGCUCUGGUUGAAUGUAGGACGAAUUUGGACCUCUCGAAGGUUUCCUAUAACGAGUUCACGAGUUUAUUGAAUAUUCCAUCUAUGGAGAUAUCGACGAAGCUGCUCUAUUCUAUUUUCAAUAAGGAUGAAUAUGGUCAUAUUGACAUGAGGGAAUAUCUCUUGAGUACCCUCGCUAUAAACCGGACAACAAGUGAAGCAGUGAAUAUUGCUUUCAAAAUAUACGACCAAAGUGGUCAAGGAAGACUGACAUUAGAAGAUUUCAAAAAAGCAGUACACUAUACACUUGCGCUCACCGAAGAUACAGCAACAGAAAUAUUCCAUCAAAUGGAUAUAAACAAACUGGGAUACGUUACCUUCAAUAGUUUUAUACUCUACGCUGAAGGAAAACCCGAGCUUGAAAAUGUAUUAUAUAGAAGUAAAGAAGAAAAAUUCGUCAGGAAACAUGGACAAUUCUGCCCAUCAGAAGAUUAUGGAAAAAAGAGAGAUUGACCUUUUCAAAUAUUACAUUUAUAAUGAGGUUACUUCCGCAUUAUCUACCUACCUAAAUUUUUCGAAAUAUUUCGAAAAUUUUUCUCCCUGAUGUUCUACGGUAUUCCAACAUGAACUAAUGAACCAACUGAAUGUUUAUGUAUUUGUUAUUGUAUUCAUGAAAGUGAUAUAGAGAGUGUCAUUUAAUUUAUUGUUAUUUAAAAAGAAAUUAUUCAUUGAUUAA